UUUUUGCUGAAUCAGAGAUUCUCUCCACCCCUUUCAAGUCAAAGAAGGAAGGGUAGGGAGGAAAAUAAAAAAGGAAAAGUGGGUGUGAAAUGGGAAGAGGCACAGCUCAUGGCAUAUAUUCCGCCAACAUAACCCCACUUAUGCUUCCUUAUAUGGAGUGAGAUCAUACAACAUCCUAACUACUCCCAAUUUAUAAAGAGAACUAUAGUCUAUAGCUUCCACUCAUUCACGCAUAGCUAAAAGCAUCAAACGUAUAUCUAUGUUUCAGUAACACUACCAAAAACAGCUAAAUGGAUCUGCAAAAUCAAACUAUGCGUUUGGUUCUCUCAACUGAUGCCAAGCCUAGGCUGAAAUGGACUCCUGAGCUUCACCAACGCUUCACUGAGGCUAUUAAUCAGCUUGGAGGUGCAGAAAAGGCAACUCCAAAGAGUCUUAUGAGAGUGAUGGGGAUUCCAGGACUCACUUUGUACCACCUCAAGAGCCAUUUACAGAAAUUUAGGCUUGGGAAAAGCCAACAGCUAGAAACCUGCUCUGACAACACGCAACAAGGUUACAGUGAAAUCCAGAGCAGUGAUGGUCAUUGCAACAAUGAAAAUAGUAUUGGGACCCAGAAUCAGAUGACCGAAAGCUUGAAGAUUGCUCAGGCUCUCGAAAUGCAAAUGGAAGUACAAAGAAAACUUUAUGAGCAAAUUGAGGUCCAGAGACAUUUGCAGUUUCGAAUUGAAGCACAAGGGAAGUACUUACAAACAGUACUAACAAAGGCACAGGAAACACUUGUAAGACACAGUUCUUCCACAACGGGUAUAGAACUUGCAAAAGCUGAACUUUCUCAGUUAGUGUCAAUAAUCAACAAUGCAUGUCCAAGCUCUCCCAUUUCAGAACUGACAGAAACAAGAGGGCUCAGUUUGAACCAUGGAGAGAGGAAACAAGACAGAGGAACCAUGUGUUCAUUUGAAAGUUCUUUGACAUCAUCUGAAAGUUCUGGGAGAACAGAAGAAAAUCAACCAAUGGAUGAGGCAGAAAACCCUCAAAAGUUUAAUAGUGUUUCCGUUGAAUUGCCAUUGUUGGCCAUUCACCCAGAAGAUAGAGCAUUCAAGGGAGAUACAAGUGAUGGAGAAAGUGGGAGAAAGAGAAGUACAGUAACUGAUUCUGAUGGUGGCUCUGUUGAUCAACCUUGUGGAAAAAGAUGUGGCAACAAGUUGAGGAAAUCAGAAGUGUCAGAAAUGCUUGACUUGAACAGCCAAUAUCAGAGAGACAUUGACUCAAGUGUGAAAGAAAUUGAUUUAAAUUGCAGUUCAAGCUUUUGGGGACAAUAAAGAUGUGUCUAUUAUAUUAAACAUAUGCAACACAUAUUAUUCUCAGAAGAAAAUAUGUUUAUAAAUUAUGUAUAUUUUUAUAAUGAAAAAAAACUGUAGAUCCUGGUCAAGAAAAGGUAUUAUACACAUAUAUGGCACCUCUCUCAGCCUCUUAUUCUUCU